AGGCUCUCACUCCCGAGGCCUCCGCGAUCCUGACGUCCUGGCCCUUUCUUUUAUACCUCCCUUCUUGGUUUCCUGGCUUGAAUGUCAAACGACUUGCUAGAGGAUGUCCAGAGAUGUUGAACGAGAUGGUCGAAAAGCCAUUUCAAUACACAAAAAGUCAAAUGGCCUCCAAUCCAGCUAUAUCUUGCAUGGUUUCUGAUCUUCUUAAUGAAAUCAAGGACGCCCCUAAUUAUGACGAGCUUGAGCAAAUAAUGAAGGGCACUGCAGCUACUUCAUUUUCUGCGGCAGCAGAAACGACGGCUACGACUCUCAUCGACUUCAUCCUUGCGAUGGUACUUUACCCAAAAGUCCAAGAACGAGCCCAAGCAGAGAUCGACUCUGUUGUGGACAAGCAUAGGUUACCUAAUUUUGAAGAUCGUAACUCUCUGCCUUACGUUGAGGCUGUACUCCGCGAGACGCAUAGAUGGCGUCCUGUUGUACCCUUAGGCCUUGCACACGCUGCUGUAAAUGACGACAUUUAUGAAGGAUUUCAUAUUCCAGGAGGAGCGGUGGUAAUUGCGAACGCUUGGACAAUGUCACGAAAUGAAGCCAAAUAUUCUAACCCAUCAGACUUCAUCCCGGAGAGAUUCCUUUCGGCAGACGACAAACUCAACGACGACACAGUUCCUUAUGCAUUCGGAUUUGGCAGGCGCGUGUGUGUCGGAAAGCAUGUAGCUGAUGCAAGCGUUUGGGCCAGUAUCGUGUCUCUUCUCGCAGUCUUCAAGUUCACCAAAGCCAAAGAUAACCAAGGACGAGAGAUCAACGUUGAACCGCACUGGACAUACGGAUUGACGGUUCGUCCGGCCUCGUUUGCAUGCCACAUUGAGCCACGGUCAACGGGUUUGGACUCGAAAAUGCUGCACCAAAUGAUAAGCCAAUUCACGUAAUUGAGGAUCCAAUGUGUACUGUGUCCCCAAUGGAAUGCGUGUAUUUGUAUUGGUUGUUUUCUUGAUUCAAGUUGUGCUUCUCCCAAUGUCGUAUUUUGAAGGAUGAAGAAAAACUCAGGUAAACGUUGAAUGUUUGUAGUAGCACAGCGCGCAAAUCUGAAUUGUACUUCGUCUACAUUGCUUGUAACGGCUUUCUCCUUUGGGAAUUAUACGACGUGGGUCACUGAGAUCGGGCUCUGUAACACUGGGGAAGGGGUUGCUGUGAUUGUCAACGCGCGAGUACUCAAAACAUGUGGAGGAAGAGCGCGAUGGUAAUCAUCAUGUCGAAUUUUGCGAUCCGCAUUCCAUGACAAGGGUGCAGACCUGAAUAUAUGACGACGUUUUAGCUUAGUCAUGAACACCAUCAGUCGCAGCGAUGUAGAAGUACAAAAACAUUGUCAAGUCACCUACACCCCAAUCCAAAACCUAUCAUUGACAUGCUCCAACUUCGAAGAAUCACCCCACCGCGCAGGGUCCUAUUCCA